CCUCCCCGGCUUCCGUAGGAGAGCGCCGGCCUUGGCGGCGCCACGUCCCCUGCGGCGGCGCGAGAAAGAUCUGCCGGGCCUCGGGCGGCUCCGGGCGGCCAUGGCCUUUACGUUGUAUUCGCUGCUGCAGGCGGCCCUGCUCUGCGUCAAUGCCAUCGCCGUGCUACACGAAGAGCGCUUCCUCAAGAACAUUGGCUGGGGAGCAGACCAGGGAAUUGGUGGAUUCGGAGAGGAGCCAGGAAUUAAAUCUCAGCUAAUGAAUCUUAUUCGAUCUGUAAGAACUGUGAUGAGAGUGCCAUUGAUAAUAAUAAACUCAGUUGCCAUUGUAUUACUUUUAUUAUUUGGGUGAAGAACAGUGGGGGAAAUGGAGACUCAGAAGAAGAGAUGCCAGCAGAAGUUAUUACUUCGGUCAUUAUUGGAAUAUACAUGUCUUAGCUGGUCGUCCUUGCACUUGACAAAAAUGUAAACCUGACAAUAAAACCAGAAUCCCUAUUUAUCUGAUUUUUAAAAAAACGUUGCACUUACAGUUUCAUUACAAAAAGAUUAGGUCAUCAGAGGCAGUAACUAUGCAGGAUCGGAAUACAUAUGAUUGCUAAUUGUUAAUAAAAGUUCAUGCCAUGGUAAAGAUUGUUAAAAGGGUACAGAACUGUCACUUGCGUGUUUUUAGAGAUUUUUCUCUCACUUCUCAGGGAUAAAUUUUUUUUUCAAAGUUUUGAAGUUCCUUAUGACUUAGCUAUGAUGUGAGAGUGAUUAUCUUCCUAGAUAAAAUUUAAAGGGUUUUUUAAAAGUAAUUACUACAUAUGAAAUGAUAAAUCGGUAAUUUGGAUAAUUUUACUUUGAACUCUUUAUUUUGUCUAUAUAUCGCUUCGGCUAUGACAAAUUCAAAUUUAUAGCAACUAUUGAGCAAUACUCUCUGACUUCAGGGAAGAUUCUAAUUUUGUAAGUCAGAUAGUCACAUGAUGCUUGUGUUUUUACAUUCUUUUCGUGUGUUUUUUACUUUAUUAAUAGGCCUGAAUGAUGAGAUCAGACCACUAUCUACAUAUUUCCAUUGGUAGAAAAAUCUGUGUAGAAAAGUCUAUGCCCUUUUUACAAUAAUGACUUAUUUUUUAAAAUCAGUCUAAUAAUAGCCUGCAAGAGCAGUCCGGAACAGUCAAAAUUAACUAUGCUAUGUAGGAAGACUAUUGUGGAACAUUUACCUCUCCCCCAGAUUAUCACAUUUCCAUUUUCUGGAGUAGCACAUUAAGGGAUAUAAUUCUUAAUUCUUCAUUCUGUCUGUCAAUAGAGAUUUGUGUUAGAUAAGUUUUUUGUUUUGUUUUUAUAUUCUUAGGCCAUUCCAUAUUUGCUCAUCGCAUAAUACAGUUUUAUGCAGGAAGAUUAAAAUUACGUAAAUAGUUUUCCUGGGAAUUAUCAGUUAUAAUAGUCUGAAGGGAUACAGCGGCAUCUUUGUUAUAGGAGAACAUUUGUAAAUAAAGUUACAUUUCCAAGUCAAGCACUUGUUUUUGUACCUUACCUGUCAGUGUUAACUGAAUUAAUCUCAUUUCAUGUGUGACACUGGUUAUAUACUUUCUUUACUGUAAAAUCACUGAGCAUAGAUUUAAUGAAAGUAAACAUUACAGUCACUUUUAUUUCUUCAGUGAGUUAACUGAACUGUUGAUUACGUCAAGGAGACUCAUGAGCAGUGUUUACUCCAUGACUUAGGUUACUUCUAAAACUUUGGAGCAGGUACUGAAUGCCUGUUGGCCAUGCCUGAAUUAGAGACAGAUGAUCUUUGGGCCACAGGCUUGCAGCUGAACCAAAGAGAUGUAUCAGGGAUUCUUAGUUGAUUAUCUGGCUCAUGUGAGUAACUAACAUACUUGGCACUUAGAAGCAGUGUUCUUUUGGCCUUAAAAAGAUCCGAUGCAUGAGUCCAAGUUUAAGCCACUGAACAGAUUCAAUAGAUGCAGUUAAUUGAGAGCGCUUCCAUUUCUCCAAAGGCCAUACAGAAUUUUAAAAGGAAAGAAAAGAGAGACCUUGACCUUAUGCCAUUAUCUUAUAAAACUUGACAGCACACCUUCAUGCUCAUUUAGUGGCAGGAUACUAUCUGAGGUUGAUAUUCAUAUCAAAAUAUUUCAUCUCUGGAGGCCACUUAACACAGUUCUAUCUUCAGUGUGCCUGAAGGGAGGUCUGUAAGCUUUCACAGGUUAGCCCUGAUUUCCCCAGAGCAGUUGAGAUUCAGUAACCAUAGUAUCUUACUUAGUUGACAGUAACUUCAAUGUCUGCUUGCCUGCCCACAUCCUCUCCCUUAGCCAUUUUCAGUGUUAACAGUUGGUGAUCAUUCUAGAUUGCAAAUAUCCAUGAUGUUUAUGGUCCUAAUGUAUGCUGGCCCUGUGUCUAUAUGCCUCUGACCUAUCUCAUGAAGGAUCUUGGCUCAAGUGUAGAUGUUAACCAAAUUCAUACCCUGAUCCUUAGUUAAGAACAGUGGUUUUCAAGUUUUGUUAAUGUUAAACCAGAUUCCAAAAGGGAUAACACAGAACUGUAAUGCUCCACUAUGUAAAACUCAUCUAAGAUGAGGGCAGUCCACUUAUUUAUUUCUAGUUGAAGCAGGGGUGGGGCCCAAAGGCCCACUCUUCAACCUCCACCCCACUCUUGUCAUCCUUCCUAAGGAGCUACCACAAAACUCUUAAGGUUUCAAAAACAUAGUUAAAAAGUAUUUUUUUAAUCCCUACAUUAGAUACAGUAGGCAAUGUGAUCUGUGGUCUACCGGUAUAUACUAUCACUUGAGUGUGAAUGUACUCAUGAAGUGACUUGAGAGAAAGCAAUAUAUUUGAGUAGUAAAAAGAGUAGGGGAUAGGAUAUUUCUAAUAUGCCAAGCAAAACCUUUUAUCAUGACUUGAGACAAACUUCCUAAGACCUCAGUUGUUUUCAGUUUCUUCAUCUGUAAAACUGGUCAAGAACUAUUUCAGAACAAAAAUCUGCUCCAGGUGAUUUGUAUAUGUAUACCUUUUCCAGGUCACUAAUCUUUGAUUCUAGAUGUACCUCAACCAAAGAGAUGUUCUCCCAAAGUAAAUGUUUUUAGUGAAAUAAAUUACUUUCUCGUUGCCUCCUAGUUUCAAAGUUAUUACCGAUAAAUAAAAUUUUGAUACUAA